GGCUGCAGCCAGGGGGAAGAAGCUCUUGCAGAAAAAAACUACUUGAAGAUGCUUAUUUGCCUGUUCUGCUGCUGUUGCAGGUGGAUGAAGCAGGGGAGAGAGCAGCCCGUCUAGAGUGGCAGUUAGAAGUUGUGAAAUCUAAAAAUGAGCAAGCCGAGGCAAAACUGGCUACUUUAGAGCUACAUAUGCAAUCCGGAAAGAAAAAAGAAGACCCAAGGAAAUCAGGUACCUGAUUGCUGAGGGGGCUGAAAGGACUCGAGCGUUGGAAUGGCUCAUUAUGAAUGAGGCUGAGAAAAGCAAAAAAUGGGAAGAGAAGAUGCAGGGGAUUACAGCGUUCUUGACAAGGUCACCCAAAGCCAGCGCAGCCCAGAUGGCAGAAGAAGCAGAUUUUCUACAGUGGAUGAUAAUGUCAAAACACAUUAUAGGUGCCAUAGAAAAAGAACUGCGAGGUUGGGAGGACCAGGUAGAGGAGUUGCAUGAGGGAGGAGCUGGAGAGUUGGCAAAAGCGAUGCUGCCAAGCAGAACACCUUGUGCAAGAGCUAUGGGGCAAGUUAAUUGAAAGCCAUACCCAGUCGGAGGAGACAGGAAAGAUUAUAUCAAAGGAAAUAGAGAAAAUUAGAGCACAGAUGGAAGGUUACAAAGUGAUGGAGGACCAGAUGCAGUCCCUUGAAGCAGAGGUAAAGGCCAGAACUGAGGAGUGUGAGGCAUUACGAAUUCAGUUGCAAAGUGUGGAGGUGGAAAAAGCCCAACUUGGGGAAGAGAUACAGUCCUUGAAGACCCUUCUAGAAGCAGGCAUGGUUAGAGAGGUGGCACUGAGUGCAGAGAGGAAGCCGCAAAUAUUACAGGCUAUUCGCCCCCUGGAAGACAGACUGGUGGCAAUAGGUGCGCAGCUUGCAGAACACAUAGCUAUGGCUAAAGCCGAAUGCCAGGAGCACUUUCAGGAGCUCAAGGUUUUGAAGGAGCCCUUAAUGGAGACUGAGAAACAGCUAAAGACUGUAUGGCUAGAAGCCCUGAAAUUCCAGAAGCACCUGGAACCACCCAGAAAUUUGGGCCCAGGAAGUCCAAGAGAUGAGGUAGGACCAGUACAGCAGGAGAAGAACACAAUGAUGGAGGGACCCCCAGGGGCAGACCCUGAAAUCAUACAAGAAGAGAUCCUGCGCACAGUCAGACGGUGCCUGGAUCGGAAAUGGGGCCAGUGGAUAAGCCGUGUACAGAGGAGAUGCACCAGCUAAGAGAAACUAGAAGAACUC